UUUACACAUAAAGAAACCCAUAAACUAGAGCACAAGUGUUCUCUAGGUCACUUCCUCAUAGUUCCUUACAUGUCAAACCUGUUUGGAACAUGCCUCUUUUGGGUUUUGCUGCAGGCGUCAGUGAGCUGUGACCAACUUCUGGCUCAGCGGGUUUCUUCUUGUUUGAGAUCAAGCGGGCGGAAGUUUAAACAUCCUGAAUGUGACUAAAUAAAAGUCAAUGAUUUUAUUGCCAUAAUUAGACUAAAGAGGGAGAGCUGUUUAAUUCCUGCUCUCGUCGUCACUCAGCUUUACUCUGAAAUGUUCCUGAGGAAGUCGUCCAGGUGUCUUCCUGCUGGCGGUCAUGGGACUCGUCUACUCACAGCCGGCCUGUCAGUCGGCCUAUGACGGAGACGUCCAUCGCCUCUUUCGUCUCCUCAGAGAAGAUGCCAACCAGCUUAACGUUCAGGACCGGCUCAACGGGGACACACCCCUCAUCUCGGCCUGUCGCCGUGGUAACCUCAGGGUGGUCCGGUACCUGCUGGACAGCGGGGCGGACGUUCACCUGCGCAAUGAGAAACAGAGGACGUGUCUUCACUACUUGUCCAAGAGAAGCUUCUCUCUGCUGGAUUACCUCCUGAUCUCCAUUCUGAUGCCCAUCCUGCUGCUGGGAUACUUCCUCAUGUUACAGAAAGAGAGGCACAGCGUCUCCCUGAUGGAGGCGAUUCUGAGCAGCAACGUCGACGUCAACGCUGCAGACGAUAAAGGAAACACUGCUCUUCACUACGUGUGUCAGAGGAAGAGUCACCGUCUGGUUCCUCUGCUGCUGAAGAGAAACGCAGACACAAACAUCUCAAACAACGAAGGGGAAACACCGCUGGACAUCGCCACCAGAUUAAAGUUCAAGAACAUCGUCCAAAUGCUGAAGAAGAAACAGUGACAGACGGGGGACAGACAGGAAGACAGAUGGGAGGACAAAGCAGUUCAGAGAGACAGACAAUAUAUAUGUGCAGAAAGAUGUGUUUCAAAACUUAUUCAAACUUAUAUUGUAGCCUCCGUUAUAUUUGAUAAAAAUAAAUAAAUGAUUCAUGAAGAGAAACUGCCUUUAAGAUAAAGGGGCAAA